CCGACACUGGGAUCAGUGCUGGCUGAAUACGCUGCAGUGCUGUACGUGGCUGAGACAGACAAGGGGCUUUAGAAUGAUAGAGGGCUUUCUGAAGAAAGAAUUCAGAAAAGUUGAUCCAGCACUGACAACUGGAGAGCUAUGCUGGGUUUAGUAGGGUCCUUGUGGAUCCAGCUGGAUUUGGGUUUUGAUGUGGAUUUGAAUGAACUAAAGGUGGAUCUGUACAUGAACAUGUUUAAAAAGUGGAUCUAUUUGGUCUGCUGGUAGAUCUUGGCUGAUUGAAAGUCUCAGAUGAGGAAAACCCUGGAAGGUCCAGAGCAGUGAACAGGAAGUGUUGACCUCUGUCCUUCCUCCAGCUUGCCACUAUGGGAUCAUCCACCUUAGGAAAGGCAGCAACUUUUGAUGCACUCUUAAAUGAAUGCAUUCAUGCAUUUGAUGACAGCGGGAAGACGCAGGCCAACCUGCUUCCUCGCACCCUGCUGCUGAUGCAUCGCUGGUAUGUUACAUCCUCAGAACUGGCGCGAAAACUCCUGAUGAUGUACCGUGACUGCAACGAUGACAACUGCAGGAGAACCAGGCUGAAGAUUUGUUAUUUAAUGAGGUACUGGAUAGUGACAUUCCCUGCAGAGUUCAAUCUGGACCUGGGUCUGAUCCGGAUAACAGAAGAGUUCAGAGAUGUUGCUGCUCAGCUCGGCUGUGAGGAGCAUUUAAAGCUCCUCGACAUCUCUACCAUUCCAUCAUACGACUGGAUGCGUAAGCUGACCCAGCGGAAGAAGCAGGCCAAGAAAGGCAAGGCCUCGCUGCUGUUUGACCACCUGGAGCCCAUGGAGCUGGCCGAGCAUCUCACUUUCCUGGAGUUCAAGUCAAUCCGAAGGAUAUCGUUCACUGAUUACCAGAGCUAUGUUAUCAAUGGCUGCGUGGUGGACAACCCGACUCUUGAGCGCUCUAUUGCACUGUUCAACGGAGUCUCACAAUGGGUCCAGCUCAUGGUGCUCAGCAAGCUAACACCUCAGACCCGUGCAGAGGUUAUUACCAAAUACAUCCAUGUAGCUCAGAAACUUCUGCAGCUACAGAACUUCAACACUCUGAUGGCAGUGGUGGGGGGACUGAGCCACAGCUCCAUUUCUCGACUAAAGGAGACACACCCAUAUCUGGCUCCAGAAGUUGUUAAGAUCUGGAGCGAGAUGACAGAGCUGGUCUCUUCGAACAACAACUACUCCUGCUACCGAAAGGCCUUCUUUGACUGCCAGGGCUUUAAAAUCCCCAUCCUUGGUGUGCACCUCAAGGAUCUGAUUGCAGUGCAUGUAGUCUUUCCAGACUGGGUUGAUGACAGUAAUAAGGUGAACUUAGUGAAGAUGCAUCAGCUCUACAUGACCUUCAAUGAGUUGGUGUCGCUGCAAAGUGCAGCGGCCCAAGUGGAACCAAACAUGGACCUCAUCUAUCUGUUAACGCUUUCUUUAGAUCUUUAUUACACAGAAGAUGAGAUUUAUGAGUUGUCAUUGCUAAGGGAACCACGUAACCCCAAAUCACUGCCUACCUCUCCAACAACUCCCAACAAGCCCCUGGCCCCACUGGACUGGGCUUCUGGUGUCACCACCAAACCAGACCCUUCUGUGGUCAAUAAACACAUCAGGAAGUUGGUGGAUUCUGUAUUUAGGAAUUAUGACCAUGACCAUGAUGGCUAUAUUUCUCAAGAGGACUUUGAGAGCAUCGCUGCUAACUUUCCUUUCCUGGACUCCUUCUGUGUUUUGGACAAAGAUCAAGAUGGAUUGAUCAGUAAGGAUGAGAUGAUAGCGUAUUUCCUUCGGGCUAACCCACUGCAGUGUAAGAUGGGUCCAGGUUUCAUCCACAACUUCCAGGAGAUGACAUACCUGAAGCCCACCUUCUGUGAACAUUGUGCUGGAUUUCUCUGGGGAAUCAUCAAACAGGGCUACAAGUGCAAAGACUGUGGCGUUAACUGUCAUAAACAAUGUCGGGAGCUGCUGGUUCUGGCCUGUAGGAAGCUGAUCCGCUCCAGCUCUCUGGGCAGUGUUUCUCCAGCCAGACUGACCCACAGCUCACUGCCCAGCAGCCCCGCACUGCCCACCUGUAAAGAUGAGGACGAGGUCUUUGAGUUCCCAGCUGUAACAUCAGCAGGUCCAGCUCCGGACACUCAAUCCAUUACCCUGAUGACCGGCUCAGCCCAGAGGAUCUCUGUGCGCCUGCAGAGGGCUACCACCAGCCAGGCCACUCAGACCGAGCCCCUGUGGUCUGAACACAGCUGGGGGGCCACAGACGGUGGCUCCCACACCUUCCCCAAAAUGAAAUACAGGGGUCACAGGAAAACAUCUAAAAAUAAAGGUUUUGCCCGCUGGGAAAACCAGAAUGAGGGGCAGCACCAGGCAGUUUCGACACGGUGCAGCAUGGACUCUCAGGAGAAGUCAGACGUCUCAGAAGAACCCUUACAGAACGGGAUUACACGCAGAGGAAAGGGUUUGAACCCUAACGAGACGACACAAUCUCAAAGGUUAAGGAGUGCAGGGGAUCCAGCUGUGAUCUGGACAGCUGACUUGGUUGCAGUGGUGAAGGCCAGUCAUGGGGUUCCAGAAAGGCCCUAGCGGCUGGGACCAGGAAGCUCUGUCUGGGGGAUGUGCUGGGCUGCCUGAGGUCCCCCUUCUGUGACCUGGAGCUAUCAUGUCCUCUCUAGACUUCAGCGCAGGCAGAGCUACAAAUGGAUGCAGUGUAACUGCACGGAGGGACAUCAUGUGCGAUCUCUGGGAGCGGUCACAAAGACUGAGGAGAGGAGCUCAGUGGUUAACGGACUAACACCCACUGUGAACCACAUCACAUCUCCAUCCUCGCCUCCUGUGCAGCGUAAUCAGCUGGGGAUCAGUGUAGAUUACUAAAAUGCAAUUUGGGGUCUGUUUUGAUCCAGGAUGUACAUAACAUCACCACUUGAAGAAAUGAGAAGAAACAUUUUUUAAACUUCACAAACAUGUGGAAUUCAGCUGAGUGGAUAAAUUCUGGCCAGUUACUUUAUGUAAGCCCAAUUUAAAAUCCAGCUUGGGUACAGUAUGACAAAGUCUCCUGCUUGAUCUGAAGCAACAAACAAGUUCUUAGUGGUCACAGCCCAAGUUGGAAUGAUUGGAAAAAGCAUGAUGGAUGUGGGUGAGUGGGUAGAUAUUUGUGUGGAGUUGCAAAAAAGGGAAAGUCCAAAUGAAAGUGAAUGUUAAGGGUAUGCGACGCUUCAGCCAUAUAGAAUGUUGAUGAUGGACAAUUCUGCAAAACACUGGAUUAUGUUAAAUUAUGUUUUUGAGUGUUCAUUGCCAAUGUUUUUUAAUGAUUUAUUCCUACAAUAUUUGCACCCGGCAACUACAGUGUGCUUAAUUCUCCCACCUUUUCAGAGCAACAGAACUAACCCAAAAUAAGUGAAUCAUUGUUAUAUAAAUUUAUAUAUACUGUAUUUAAAUUUGUUUUAGUUUUUUUUAUAAAAGCUGGAAGAUUUAAAAUGCUCAAAUAAAAACAAAUCAAACAAAGA